CAACAGUGGGUGCUGAGGCGUGCUGAGGCAGGAUGGCCGCGCCGCUGCUGCAAACGGUGCUGCUGUUGCUUCCCUGCCUGCACGCUGUGACUGCCGGUCUCCGCAUCACCAAGGUGGAGGUACCUCGCUACCUGAUCGUGGGCAAGCAGGCGACGCUCCGCUGCCACCUAGCGCUGGAGGGGGACGUGCUCUACUCGCUGAAGUGGUGGAAGGACGGGAAGCAGUUCUACCAGUACAUCCCGCAGAACGACCCGCCCAAUGUGGUGUUUACCGUGCCGGGCAUCACCAUCAAUCCGAAACACGCCGAACUGAACGAGGUGGAGUUGGUGGACGUCCAGACGAGCUCCACGGGGCAGUAUAAGUGCGAGGUGGUGGCCGAGGGUCCCACCUUCAACACGGACACGAUGACGGCCAACAUGACAAUCCUAGACACGCCCGACGAGCCGCCCCGCAUCUCCGGCCUCGAGGGAACCUACAGGGAAGGGGAAACCAUCACUCUCAACUGCACCUCCAGCCGCUCCCGCCCCCCAGCCACCCUCACCUGGUCCAUUAACGGCAGGCAGGUGGGCCCCGAGCACCUGGUGACGUACCCGGUGCACAGCGAGGGGUCACCACAACUGCACACCACCACGCUGGGCCUCACGCUCACCACGCGGCCCUCACUCUUCGCGUCGGGGGCCCUUGAUCUCAGGUGUAGCGCCACCCUUCACGACUACGUCUGGCGCAGCGACGCGACGGUGACGCUGGAGAAUGUGACGUACAGCCAGCCACACCAUCUGCCCACCCUCUCCAAGACAAACAGCAGCGGAGGCGUCGAGCUGUGUCUGUCGCUGCUGCUGCUGACGAUGCUGCUUUUGACCCUGACCUCAGCAGCAGCGUUUGACCCCAGAGUGACCUAAUCCAGCUCCCUUCACUCGCCCACUCACUCACUCACUCACUCACUGCCUCACUCACUCACCUUGUUUUGUACUGCACCUUCAAUGGUCAUUCCUGCUCAUUCAUUAAUUCAUUCACUCAUUUAUUCAUUUACUCAUUCACUCAAUCAUUCAUUCAUUCUUAAUCCCAUAACAUUGUUACAUAAUUCCUAACAUCUGUGGUUCCUGAAAUACGAUAUAAAUUCAGUUAUUCCUAUUUUUUUUAUAUAUCACAGGUAAAGGAAAAGUAGGAUGAGUAGUAGUAGUAGUAGUAGUAGUAGUAGUAGUAGUAAUUUGAACAUUAAGGUCAUUAAUUUACUUUUUUUUUAUCUUCCAAACAUAAAAAAAAUAAAUGAUAUAUCUAAAGUAAAAAAAUUUAAGUUAACAGAUACAGGUGCGUGCUUAUCACACCUGUAUUAUUUUUCAAUUAGAGCGAUGAACACACACACACACACACACACACACACACACACACACACACACACACACACACACACACACACACAUACACACACACAUCUGGCUCACUCACUCACUAAAUCACUCAUCGACUAUCUCACUCACUCAUUCACUCUCCCACUCACUCAUUCAUUACUCCAUCAUCUCACUCACUCAUUCAUUCAUGCAUCCCUUCACUCACUCACUCACUCGCUCACUCACUCACUCUCCUAAAGGGCUGCAGGAGGUUCGUGUGAUAUUCCCUGAGGCGGACACAAGUCAAAGCGAUGCUGUACAUAGACACAAAACUCAACUAAGUGAAUAAACUAAACUAUACACCUUACCUGAGCGGCUCCUCGUUACCUGGACAGACAGGUGACCACGGACCCAGGUAACCAGGUAUGCCAAGUAGGGCUAAACAGGUACUAGUUCUUGUUGGUUAUGUGUUAAUCGUUCUUUUUCUACUUAUUACACCCCAAAGAACCCUUGACACCUGUGACUUGACGACUACUUAAUUAAACACAGGUGCACACACACACACACACACACACACACACACACACACACACACACAUACUUAGUGACAGUGUUGGUAUUUAUUGUACAUAAAAAAGCUCAUCUUAGUGUAAAACCAAUAAAAAAAAAUAACAGACAGACAAACAGACUAACAGACAUACAGCAAGACCCCACUCCUUAUGUGCGUGUGUGUACGUUAGCCGCUCACCUAUAAUCAUUUACGUACAUGACUGUGGUGUACAUAGCGUCAGUGUCCUCUAGUUUGUCAGGGUGGUUGGUUUACACACACACACACACACACACACACACACACACACAUGCGUUAGUUCAUGUGAGGUUUAUUCUGCGUGUAUGUCAGUGUGUGUGUGUGUGUGUGUGUGUGUGUGUGUGUGUGUGUGUGUGUGUGUGUGUGUGUGUUUGUUAAUCACUCGUACACGAAAUACAUACAAAUAGAAGACGUACAUGUGUGAUUUACAUUUAUUGACACACACACACACACACACACACACACACACACACACACACACACACACACACAGAAAAAAACUUGUCGGAUGAAUGCAUUCAUGAGCAAAUGUGUGUAUGUAUGUAAGUAUGUAUGUAUGUGUGUAUGUAUGAGUGCAUGCAUGGGCGGUAUCUUUUCUAUGUAUAUAUGUAUGUAUGUAUACUUGCCUACACGCACAACAGAAAUGAAUUUGUAUUAUAUUCGCAACUGUAUGUGAAUAUCCUGAUUCAUGAUGAUGAUGAUGAUUUUAUUUAUAGAUCAAUGUUGCCAAGCUCACUUUCCCACACAUUCAGCAACUUCAUAACACACACACACACACACACACACACACACACACACACACACACA